GUUAUAUUAAUUUUCCUAUAGAAAAUGCGGAACCACGUGCAGAUUUGCACUGUACAUUUCAGGCAAUUUUUGGCUGUCUUCGAGCACAAUCGACAUCCAUUUCCAGCGAACAAACACCUUCCUCUCCUCCUCUUCCUCUCUCCUACAAAAAGCUCAUCUUGUCCUUCUGAAGUUGUUGUGUCUGCUCUUACAUUUCGUCUGUCUUCAAAAUCAAGCCACUCAUGUCGACGUUUGACUCGCUCGUCGCGGACCUCACCCGCGACGCGUAUCGUGUACAACCAAAGGACGCCCUCCAAUUCUGUGCGAACUGGUUCCAAACACGUCUUGAAGAACAACGUGCACGCACACGCGAUGUUUUAUCACGUCGUACGUCUGCGGCGGCGCGCGAUUUGCCUGCGGAGAUGUACAUUGAUGCGCCGCUGGGCUCAGAUGGCGUGACGGGUGUGUCGCCGUUCUCGCCUGCGCAUAGGCAUUCGUUUCCGUUGCAUAGACCGUCUAUACCUGCGACGAAUAGUCCGUUUGGGACGUUGAAUGUUCCUGGGAAUGCGUUGUUGUCGAACUCACAUGCGCCUCCGCCCCCGCCGACUCUGCAGAUUGAUCCUGUGUCUCCAGUGUCAGGGUUCUCGCCGUCUUCGUACGAUUACCGAGCCCCCACGCCUCAUCCGGGUGACUUCUUACAGCCAUCUGCGACUAUUCUUGCUCGACGCACGUCUGUCAGCGCAGAAUCAAUCAUGGUUGACAGUGAUACGAACGAGCCGACGCCAGUGUUUUCCAAGACACCCGAACAACUCGCGCGUAUCAAAUCAUCUAUUGCAAAGAACUUUAUUUUCCGCGACUUGGAUGAAGAACAAGAGACAGGUGUAUUGAACGCGAUGCAGGAGAUCAAGGUGCCAGCGCAGGAAGUUGUUAUUCGUCAAGGCGACGAAGGGGAAUAUUUCUACGUUGUUGAGAGUGGGCUGUUGCACUGCUUUAUUAAGCCUGAUGCGCUCCCGCCUCCUGCGGUCACUGCACACGAUGCGUCGGAUAAGUCGGGUAGCGGGGGUGCAGAUGAUAAGUUUGUCGCGCCUGGAUAUCACCCGGAGUUUGGACGGAAGGUAGCAGAAUGCACGCCUGGCACGUCGUUCGGCGAGCUUGCAUUGAUGUACGGACAUCCGCGUGCUGCGACGGUGUUGUCGAUUGAGCCGUCGACGCUUUGGCGCGUGGACCGUAUCACGUUCCGGACGAUUAUUCUCAAGGCCGCGCAUAGGCGACGGACUAUGUACGAGCACUUCCUUUCGACGGUGCCACUGCUAUCAUCUUUGUCGCCUGAGGAGAGGAGCAAGAUCGCUGACGCGUUGACUUCGAAAGUGUAUUUGGAUGGUGAGAACGUGGUAAAACAGGGCGAUAUUGGAGACUCGUUCUUCUUUGUUGAAGAGGGCGAGGCUGUUGUGACAAAGAAGUUGCCUGGCGAGGAGGGCGAACGGGAUGUCGGACGCUUGAGGAAAGGCGAAUACUUUGGUGAACUUGCACUACUUCGCCGCGCUCCUCGCGCAGCAACCGUAAGCGCAGUCCAGCGCACGGAUGCAUCAGCGCCGAAGUUGAAGGUGGCGGCACUUGACGCUGCCGCGUUUACGCGUCUGCUCGGACCGCUGCGCGAGAUUAUGGAGCGCAAGGCCGGGGAGAGUUAUGGACCGAACUACGGACCGAUGCAUGGCCGAAUGUCGCGCUGAGGAUGACAAAGGUGUGGUCUACUAGUGUAGCGAUAACUUGUUUUUCUGUUUUUCUAUCCGUGCUUGUAUUUAUCUGGCAUGCUUGGCUUUGAAGCUAGAUAUCACUCUUACUCUUUGUUGUUUCUGUUUUGUCUUUUUGUCUUGUG